UGUGGUGAUGAAACACCUGAGACAUUUGGUUUAGUUGACGCAGAUGGGAUCAAAUUUGAUGCGUGUGGACGGAGAUACGUCAUUUCCAAACUCAUGUUGAACCAAACUUCCGCCCUUGCGUUUUGCUGCACCAAAUUCAUGGAUCUUCUCAGUUUUGAGACGAUAAACGAGAUGAGCUGCUUGGCUGAUGAACUUCGGAAAAGAAAACUGUCCGAAGUGCAAUACUGGACUUCGGGCGACAGCGAUCCCUGUCCGAAAUCGUAUGCGUGGUGCUCAAGGCGGGAAAUGAUCCCCAUGGACAGUCUGAAUUUGACUCUGCCUAGCGACGUGGGCAAAAAAACAGCAUUGACGAUCAAGAUUCCUACAGAAGGUUUGGUCGUUUUGCAAAACGAUGAGAAAAAGUCUCAAAGAAAAGCCAUUUGCAAACAAAAACUUUUAAAAGAUUGCUCAAUAUCAGAUGUCAGAUGCAUAAAGUUCAAAUGCUCACAGGAGGCAAGUUUUAAAUGA